AUUGAUGAUGUCAUUCGCCGAGAACAACAACAGCCUCUCUCACAGGGAUUCUCAACACAGCUUAGCCGCUUAGUUUGCGCUAAAGUGCUGACUAAUUCUCUCUAAUUAAAACGCUUUUUUGAAUUAAGAGCUCAGUCAGACCAUCACGAUUGUUUGAGUUAAAUAAUUUCACUGAGCGAACUUUAGAACAGAAGAUAUUUCACAGCUAUCGCUAAAAGAUGUCAGGCCGCGGUGACAAGCUAACGACGCGCUACUAACUUACUGGCUUUGCAAGUUUGUAUAUUUUGGUUUUGGAAAAAGUACACGACUUAUUUCUUCCACCAGCCUCUCUGAGCAAAAGCGUUACAGUGUGUUUGCCUAUAAUAUUAACUUGACAUCUCAGAAAUCUGCUAGUAUGUUAAAGGUGCAGUCAAACGUCUCUCAGUGAGAGAGCAAGACAAAAGGAUGAUCGUAAAGAUUUAAUCAAGCACUGACAACAUGCCUCAACGGAAGAGAGCCCUUGUUCCCAUUAAUACAAGGAGAAGGGUUAGAGCUGAUGAAGAUUACUUCCCUUUCAACUCCCUACCGUUGGAAUGUCAGCUCCAUGUGCUCUCAUUCCUCAGUGAGGUGGACAAAUGCAACUCUGCCCUUGUGUGUGCGAGCUGGAGCUGCUUAGUGCGCUCUGGGAAGCUCUGGAGAGUUGCGGACUAUUCCCGCCGUGGGGUGUUUCAUCUGGGCCAGGAGGGUCUGCUCGUUUCCAACAGAGAGUUUGAGCGCUGGAAGGCUUGGGUUCACCAUUACACCCAUCACCUUAUAUCACGUGGGGCUAGUUUGCUCACUCUGAAGGCCAGUUUUGAUCUAGGGGACCAGUGCAAUAAAUGGGUAGAGCUCCUGUCGCACCUUCUAGAGAACGUGCAUUGCCGGGAUCUCAGUCAUUUAGACUUGAACUGGACAUUUACCCUGCUGGAACCUCUUGAUCUUCGUGUCCACACCAGUUCUAGUUCUCAUCAAGACAAUGUUACCAAGAUGGACCAGGUUAAUAACUUUCAGAUUCUCCUGGCCAGACUCGUCCACAGCUGUCCCAGGAUUACCAAAAUGCGCCUGCACUUCGACUGGUCCGAAACAUCAGUUGCGCUGAUCACUCGGUUUCAACACCUCCGUAUCUUAGAAUUGAAGUACUUUUGGGUAUUCAAAGGGGUCAGUCCGAACACUUUACAGACGCUGACGAAAUCGCUGCCUAAUCUAAAAUCCCUCACGCUCCAUGUUCUUGUUCCACUGCGAAAUCUAGGCAUCUCGUACACCCUUGAAUCCCUUUCGCUCGAGUUCCUAGAUGUGUCGCCCAGUCGAGGUCUGGUCUUCUCCUGCCUCAACCUCCCAGCGCUACGAGAGCUGCGGGCGAAAAAGAUCAUUCGGGGCAUUACUCUGGACCGCCGGACUCGACUACGGAUACAGAGCCGAUGGCCCUGCUUGUAUCAGGUCUUACGUGAAGGGACGCCCAAACUUCAGGCCCUUAACAAUGAAAGACUCCUUCCCAACUGGAAAGAGCAAAGUUACAGAGAGCUGACGUCAAUCCUCCAGCAGUCUUGCUACUGUCUUCAGCAUUUAGACAGUUGGCUCUGGUGAAGUCGAGACUUAAACAAUUACAGGCCACACAUAACGGCCUAAAGGGACACCGCCACAUCCUGAAGAAAAUUAUGUAGGAAAAUUAGUAUAAAUAUAAUCGGAUAACACACUUCUGCUGAUCCUCUAUAAUUAAAAAUAUUUAAAGCUGUAAUUUAAUUAUACGUCAGCCACCCCUUGCUAGCAAAUAAUUGGAUUAAGUUCAAUAUAUGUCCAGAUACUUAACUAUACAAUUAUGCUUCAAAAGAGUUUCGGCUUGUGUUGUGCUAUGAAGGUUUAUGUUCCAGGCUGAAGUGUGUGCAUUUUUUAGGAGCUUAGGUGAAUUCAGGAAAAUUGUUCUAUUGUGCAAAGAGGAGGAUAAAGCGGAUUGUGGCAAUGGAGUUUGGAUCACUUUGACAAGAACUUUAAUUCCUUAUAGCAUUUCAGUCCUUGUGUGUUUCAGUAGGAGUCAUCAAAAAACGGGGUUUUGCCUUUAUUUUGUGUGUAUUUUUGUCUUGAACUAGAUUUUAUUUCAGUGUUUUCAGCUAUCCGUGACCAAAAGUUAUAACAUUCCUGAUAAUCUAUAUUUGAGA